CUAAAAUGUUAAUAGGUGAAAUAAACGCGACAUGAGUACAAUCAAUUCCAAUGUAACCGACAAGAAAACAAUAAUAAAUUGAAUUGUGUAAGUUGAUAGCGCUACUUCAUCUCACUUGAGAAAAAGCUGCAGUUAGACUUACAAGUGUAAGUUAAACAUAGUUACAUCCGAGGACGGAACUACUCUGUUGGAGGGGAGAAUUGUAGCAACUUCUCAUUUCGAGUUUUGUUGAAAAUCAUCUUGAGUACCAUCUUCCAAAGCAUAUGCAGUCAUCGUGAAUCUCAAGUAAAAUGCAUUGCAGCCGGAAAGUAGUAAUAUUAGUUCAAGAGGUCUUAAAAGUAAGAAGAUUGGCAUAACGCCAUAUGAACAACUUACUGAUGACAACGUACUGAAUUCCCGGGUGCAGCAACAUGACCUUGGGAUAUAUUAAGUAAUGAGUCUAAAUUGAAUAUGACAUAACUUAAAGUCUACAGAGGUGUUACAAAUUGCUUAAUAUGGACUUAGCUGUUCGUUCAUUUUCAAUUUACCACACAUUUGGUCUAGGGACUAUAGAUUAUAGUUAAAUCGUUUGAAGGAUCAUAUUUGGAAUUCCCUUUUGAGGAUUUGCAUUUGACACAGGAAUUGGAUUUACCUAUCAAAUUAUAAACUUGAUAGGCCAUCAAAAACGUAUCGAACCAGAGCGAUGUUGAAUACAGUUGGAUUACCCUUAAUGGUUUGCGUCACAUGAUGGUGGCCUUUGAAACUUUAGUUGGAGAUGAGUCCCCCCUCCUCAGAAAACUAUGAUGAAAUCACCGAAUCAUUAAUUCAAACCCCGUUAAAGCAGUCAUUCUGUGAUUCACUGAGAAGGGACACCCAUUGGAAGUGUCUCAUCCUGACUGUCCUCAUCAUUGGCUGCCUUAUUGCCAUCUCCUGGUGUCGGCUAACUGUUGUCACCAAGGUCGAGGUGCAAUUCUAUGAAUAUCCUAUACGGCAGUUGAACCAAGCUAGUCCCUGUGACGAUGGCUACGUCUACAUCCCAGUGGCCUUCGUUGUAAUGUUAUAUUUGGUAUAUCUUGUUGAAUGCUGGCAUUGUCAUACAAGGUUGGAGUUAUGUUACAAGGUUGACGUCAAUGCCGUAUAUGAUAGAAUACAAUAUAUGAGAGAAGCAUUUCCCAUAAUUUGGUGGAAAGCUGUAUGCUACCAUUAUGUACGUCGAACUAGACAAGUAACUCGCUAUAGGAAUGGAGAUGCUUUCACAACUACACAAGUUUAUUAUGAAAGGAUCAAUUCCCAUACUGCUGGUUCUGCAUUCAAUUUUUCUAACUGUGGAGUAAAAGACAUGUCGAGGACGUUAACUAAUUUAGAACAGUAUCCUGCCACAAAGAUUCGAUUCACAAAAGGCUUUUCGUUCCUCUGUCCAGAGGCGGAAACUGAGUUUGAAGACCAAAGAGCAACCUUCUUUCAGGAACACGAACGUAGAGAUGAUUAUAUGGAAACUAAAGAAGGCCUCGAUUUAUUGAAUGUGAAUUUCAAAGAGUAUAUGAUUGCCUUCGCUGACACAGACAAUCUUCCUUGGUAUGUGAGCCAUAUCAUUUUCUGGCUUGCAUCGGUGUUUAUGCUUUCAUGGCCACUGCGGGUCAUCAUCGAAUACAAAACUGCUUACGUCCAUUAUAACGUCCAUAAAGUAUUCGGGUCUAAUUAUCUCGACCCAAAUUAUAAUCCAGGUCACUUGUCAAGGGUGAGUACAUUUGGGACAAAUUCUGACCUAGAACAGUACAUACGAAACAAUCAUACCAUAGUGCCAAGCUAUUCCGAGGCUCUUCUAAUGGAGAGUGAGAUACCAUGGACAAGGAGUACUCACGAUGCUAACGGAAAUAUAACCCCUACUAGUAUACCUUUGCAAGUAUUUGGUGCUGGUGCUGAAUCUAAUGCACCAACGUCUCCAAAUGCACCAAGAACAUUUAUUAUGGGGUACAUAGCUAAUGGAGAUGUAGUGUAUAGUAACUUAUCAAAUAGGCUUCCACCUAGUAUCCCAAAUGGCAACCCUCCGCGCGCUAAUGGCCAUCUACUUAAUGGGUCUGCUGUUGCCAAUGGUUGCAUACGUACCUAUGGUGCUUUUCGUAUCACUUCUGACAACAGAAACACGGAUGGUAGACAAAGACGUAGAAAACAUAAACGACAUAGAAAAAACAAACCGCGACAACGAAAUGUUGAUAACAAUGAUAUAUCAAACACUGAGCACCAUAGUCAAUCCCAACCAAAUCUAGCCGUGACUCCCGAGGGUGUUGAAGGUCGUGGUGCAAUGACUGAUGCACCUUCAGGUGAGUCGACCAAUGAAACACCAACUUGUGAUAAUACCCCAAUUCCAACUCCUGCCGAGGAAAAACCUCCACCUUAUGAAGACGCUCUUCGUAUGAGAACUGAAACUCUAAGUGAUGCAGCUGGAGAAUCACCAAGUCCUGAGUCCAACAAUCCAAGUGUUAUUGAUGAAAGUUGUGAUACCGAAACACAGUGGCUUGAAGUGCAGAAUGAAAAUCAUAUGAACACUGAUCGUAUGCUAACUAGAUCGCUAUCUGAUACGGACUUCACUAAUCACCCAUGUAGUGCAACCGUUAUAAAGGAGACCACGUUAUAA